CGGGACUGCAAAAUGGGGUCACCUCAACAACCCAUCAAUCGAUAAAAAAAAUUUUCUUAAAAAAAGAAUAAAUAAAUAAAUAAUAAAAAUCAAUCGAGAAAUGCGAGCGCAAUAAUAAUUUAAGCCCUCUCCCAAUAUGCAUUUCCAACCACAGACGAAACCUUUAAAACGAGCAAAAAGGUCAAUGACCAAUCAUUGUGAUCUUAUACUCUUUUUUCUAUAAGUGGCAAACUAAAACUCAAUUUGGUUUCAACAACAACAACAACAACAAGAAAAAAUAACACCCAGUUGAUGACUAUGGGUUCUGAAGAUCAAAAUUUACCGCCACAUGUUCUCAUUUUCCCCUUGCCAAUUCAGGGCCAUGUCAACUCCAUGCUUAGGCUAGCAGAGCUCCUCUGUCUUGCUCAACUAGACAUCACUUUCAUAGUUUCGGAGUUCAGCCAUGACCGCCUCCUCAAGCAUACAACCGUUGCAUCCCGUUUCGGUAUUUAUCCCGGAUUUCGGUUCCAGAACAUUUCCGACGGCCUUCCCGACGACCAUCCCCGCGCGGGUGAGCGCGUAAUGGAUAUUCUUUCAGGCACGAAGAACGUCACAGGGCCGCUGUUCAAACAGAUGAUGAUUGAGAAGAAUUGCUUCGCCUCUGCCACCAGAAGGCCUGUUUCCUGCAUGAUUGCUGAUGGAGUGCUGAGUUUCGUUGGAGACUUUGCUGAAGAGAAAGGAAUUUCCCUGAUUUAUUUUCGUACCGUUGCUGCUUGCUCCUUCUGGGCUUGCUUUUGUAUUCCUGAACUAAUUGAAGCAGGAGACAUUCCGGUCAAAGGGGAAGGAAUGGAUCUACUGGUAAAAAGCGUUCCAGGAGCGGAAGGAUUUCUAAGGCGUCGAGAUCUUCCAGGUUUUUGCCGUGUCAACGAUAUCAAUGAGUCAAAGCUUCAGGUUUUGAAAAGCGAGACUAGACAAACCCCCAGAGCCCAAGCUGCCAUAUUGAACACUUUUGAAGACUUGGAAGGUCCAAUAUUAUCUCAGGUUCGAAGAUACAUACCAAAACUCUUCACCAUUGGACCCAGCCAUUCUCACCUGGCAGCUAGACUGGAAGCCCGAAAUACCAAGACCACAAUUUCUUCAGGUAGUUUCUGGGAAGAAGACCGCAGCUGUGUGGCCUGGCUUGACUCCCAGCCUCCGAAAUCAGUCAUCUACGUAAGCUUUGGAAGCAUCACGGUUGUCACAAGGGAGCAACUCCUGGAAUUCUGGUAUGGUUUGGUUAAUAGUGGACAGAAGUUCUUGUGGGUCAUGAGGCCUGAUUCAAUUAAAGGAAAGGACGGCGAGGAUCGGAUCCCAGCCGAGCUCGAAGAGGGCACCAAGGCAAGAGGUUACAUGGUUGGCUGGGCUCCUCAGGAGGAGGUACUGAAUCACAGAGCCAUUGGUGGAUUUUUGACUCAUAGCGGAUGGAACUCGACAUUGGAGAGUAUAGUCACAGGUGUGCCUAUGAUUUGUUGGCCUUACUUUGCUGACCAGAUGAUAAAUAGUAGGUUUGUUAGCGAAAUUUGGAAGAUUGGAUUAGACAUGAAAGAUACAUGUGAUAGAGUAACCAUUGAGAAUAUGGUUAGGGAUUUGAUGGUGGUCAGGAAGGAUGAGUUCCUGAAAAGGGCGGAUGAGAUGGCUAGAUUGGCUAAGAAAGCUGUAAGUGAAGGCGGAUCAUCAUACCAUCAUUUGGACGGCCUUGUUGAGUUUAUAACAUCAACAGUAUCUUGAAAUUGGAAAGUGAAUGGAACAAGAAGCAGGGCAAUAUUAUGGCAUUUGAUUUCUCACUUUGAAAAUAAACCAGAAUUCUUUCUUCAUGACAAUGAAAUAUUUGGCCUAGUAUUUUUUUUGUUAUAAGCAUCAAAUCCAAAAUUUCUGAAACCACAUUUGAGUAGAUAGAAAUAAGUUGUUAUCUUAACAACCAAUUCGGGACAGAGGAAGUAGUAAACAACCUUGUCCAUGUCUCCGAAACUCUGUACUUGUUCAACUCGAAUGGAAUAACAACCACGAAACUCUCCUCGGUGUUUAGUAAGAGCUUACUAGCCUCUGCACUUGUCUGCAUAUUACGUAGUAAGAGCUUACUUAUUGGCAAGAAUCAAAAUCAAAGUUGGUAGCUUUAUAGUUCGGCU